AUCAAUGAAAUGUGCAUCGUACGAUCUAUAUGAUUGGAUAAAGUAUAGCAAUGUUACAUAUUGCAACCAACCAUAAGUUAUAAUUUAGAGCUCUCUGUUACUAACAAUGAAGUAUGGCCGCUUUUGUGUAUCUUUCCAGAGAGGUGCUAUCAGGUUUUGAUAAUUAUAAAUAUAGUGCCAUAGAUUCAAGUCCUGUUAGUAACUACAUUUGUCAUCCAUUUUGGAAUUUUUGUGUCAAGUUUGUUCCAUUAUGGAUAGCACCCAACGUUUUGACAUUGACAGGGUUCCUUCUCCUGCUUGUAAAUUUUAUUGUUAUGACCUAUUAUGAUCCACACUUCUACGCAGGAUGCAGGGAUCACCCAGAACAUCCACCAAUACCUAACUGGGUUUGGUUAAUGGGAGCCAUCAACACAUUUUUGGCACAUACUUUAGAUGGCAUUGAUGGAAAGCAAGCCAGAAGAACCAAGUCAUCAUCACCAUUAGGUGAACUCUUUGAUCAUGGCCUAGACAGCUGGGCAACACUUUUUCUACCUGUGGCCAUCUUUUGUAUAUUUGGUAGGGGCGAGCAUGGUGUCAAUGUUUUUCGUGUCUUCUUGUGUAUAAUGGGCAUCAUGGUGUGUUUUGUCGUCAGUCACUGGGAGAAGUACAAUACGGGUGUCCUCUUUUUGCCAUGGAGCUAUGAUAUAGGACAGCUUACCAUGAUUCUAGUAUAUUUAGCUACUUAUUAUGGAGGGCAUAAUUUAUGGAAAUUUCAAAUACCAGUCUUGAACAUAUCUCCAGCCGAAGGUUUUGAGUUGUCAUUAUAUGUGGGAUUCUUGUUUUUAACAUUCCCCUUCACAUUUUACAACAUAUAUAGAGCUUAUAAAGACAAGACUGGCAAAAUGUUGUCCAUCUCUGAAGGGAUGCGUCCUCUUGUGUCCACAUUUAUUUUAUUUGCUCUUCUUGGAUUGUGGAUACACAUGUCCAGUUGUGAGAUCCUUGACCGUCAGCCAAGACUGUUCUACUGGACAACAGGAACAGCUUUUUCUCAUAUAGCAUGCUACCUAAUUAUAGCACAGAUGAGUAGCACACGUUGUGAGCUGAUCAAUACAUCCCUGCUACCUUUGUUUACCAUAGUCCUUCUAGUGAGUGUGUUACAUCUAGGUACACUAGAGAUCUAUCUGCUGUGGUUCUACUGCAUCUACAUUACAUUGAAACAUGUCACUUUUGGUGUGUGUGUGGUGAAAGAAAUGUGUCAACAUUUUAAGAUCCAGGCAUUUUCAUUAAGCAAAGUAAAUGCUAAAGAGAUCAAUCAGAAAACUAAAUGAAAUUAAAGAAGUGUAGUCUACAAAUGUAUGAGCUGCUGUAUGACAUGAGUUAAUUUAUAUUGAUGAGUAAGUAUGCUGUGCAGAGCUAUGGACAUGGAGAAAGAUGAAUGCAAUGUGUAAAAGCUGUCUGUGCAUGAAUCAAGAAAUGUAUCAGAUGUAUUUUUUUAUCAUCUUUUUCAAAAUAAGUUUAUCAUCCGUGUGGUUGCAAAGGUUUUUACAAUUUAUUAGUGAUGUGGCGCAGGCAAUUGUUUCAUCAGAUUUUUCCUAGAAAUGUUUUUACUGAAUGCCAAAAAAAAAUAAAUCACUUAACAUCUAAUUGAUGUCAAGAAAAAAAAAUAACAGAGUUUAUUAAUGACUACCAUUGAAUGAAGGUCUAAACCUAUUUUUUGUUUGUUUAUAAAUAACUUAUAUUAAAUAGAUUUUACAAUCUUUAUAUUCUUCUUCUUAGUAAAUUAUAUGUUCUGUUGUGUGAUUUUUGUUUCAAAAUGUGCAGAUAUUUGUAUGGAUUUGAGAUUAAUUAUUCUUUAGAAUUGUCAUAUAACCCAUUGAAAUGUUAAACAACAUUCAGUAUGUCAGGAAGAUGAACCAUCUUUUUUUUUUAGUUUCAUUUGAUUUGAAGAGAUAUUUUAAGACACUAAUUUUUGCAGGUUUCAUUAUAGAGAGAUGCAAUUUAAUCACAUUUGAAAAUCUAACUCGAUAAAAAAAAACAGGUAUUCUAAAAUUCUUUCAAUCCUAAAUUACACAUCAUGUUAUUAUUCUUCAAAGUACACUUACUAACAUUGAUACUUAUAUUUGACAUGCAGGAUUUAAACAUAAUUUCACUUUUAAAUUAGCUUUGGUCAUCGAAAAAAAAAAAAAAAAAGAAAACUCAAAAAGAUUUCAAAGAGAAAAAGUUCCAACCUGCUAUUCUUUUUUUCACUGUUCUCAAGAAGAGAAAAAAAUGCAGCUUUUCUUCUUUGAAUUAAAUGCAUUUUUUUGUUUCAUUUUGUAAGUCUCCAGCCAUAUCCAGUAAAAGUAGUGAACUUUAAAAAACAGUGAUCUCAUUUACCUUGGUGCUGACUUGUAUUAGUGAUUUCAUGUGUUUAAACAAUUCAGAUUAAUGUAAACUAAUACAGAGAGAAUUCUUUCCAAUCUGCUUGUUUUCAUUCUUUCCACAUCAACAGUAUUACUUGAUUUCCUGCAAAUCCUUUAAAUUUUAAACAUUUUUUGUUGGCAUGUAAGUUGUUUUUUUUUCUUUAUCUUAGAAAAUGUUUUCUUAAUUUUUUUUUUCAUAGACAUUUAGUAUUUGUAAUUUGUGAUACCGGACGAUAUACCCAUAAAAAAAUAUUUAAAGGUACCGGUAACUUAGUGGCUUGACAAUUGUGUAAAACUCUAAUAAGUAUUUCAAAAGUAUAGCCUGCUACAAUUGAAGUUUCUAAAGCAUAAAAAAAGAAGGAGCUUUUAAUAAAAGACUAUCUCAGUAGAUGUAAUGGGAAUGUUCUCAGCCAGUAUUUGCAAUGAAAUUUGUUGUAGUGCUUUGCAUUGGAUGAUUGUAUAAAACAUUUAAUAAAGCAAAUGUGUCUGUAUUAUAAAAAAAAUAAAAGCAUUUAGAUCUAGACUUAAAUAAAAAUUGCAUGUAAAUUUUAAAUGUGAAAAUAACCAGAAGCAUUCAUUGAUGUUUAUUUCCCUUUCACAAGGUGUGGAUUUUAACAUAUAUUAUAGGAUAUACUUGUUGGAUAAAACUGCCAAUAGUUCACUUUGCAAUGCUCAUACAAAAGAAAAAUCAAAAUCAUCUAAAGACAUGCAAUAUAACCUCAACAUGAUGUGUGACAUACUAGACAUGCUCAUUUCAUCUAUGUGGAAAAACUCUAAAUAUCAUUAUCAGGUUUUUGGUAAAAACCUAUUGAAUGAAAGAUUAAAUUGUUGUUUUUUUUUUAAAGGUAUACACUUUUUUUUUUCACACUGCGAAAUCUUUUUCUUAAUUAGUUGGCAACAUUUGUUUCAAUUUUGCACCCUUGACAUUUAGUUUAAAAGUUUAUGAUAAAGAUCCCUAACUUGACAAAACAAUUUGCAUCACAUAAGUUGAAUUGUUUGGAUUGUACACACAUUCCUUGAUCUACUGACAAGCUUUCAUCAAAAUGUAUGAAGCUAGACAUCAUUUCUGCACACUCUGCAUACUCUGGUCUGAUGGCUGACUCUACAUUACCUAGCUGUUAACACAUUUCUUGUUUGCUACAUUGAAACCAGACUGCAGUGAUGGACUGGCUAACACAAUUACUCUCCUCACUCUCCCCUCAACCAAAGUAUCUAUUUAGAAUUCAGUAACAUUUUGCCUUUUGUAAUUGUCUUGUGCAUUUCAUGACUCCUGUUGACUAUAUAGGUAUGUUUAGUUCUUUAUGUAAUGAAUGUAAAAAAAAAAAAAAAAAACAA